UCCGGUUCGAUUCGAUUCGAUCUUCGGUUUACGUUUAUUUCAAUCCUUCGUGACAAAAACGCGCAGACGUACACACCUAAAAUCGUACGGAUUGGUGUCAGGGCACAUCACUCCGUCAUGUCAGUAUCGCUGGAUCACCUCGUGGCACAGAAGCUUGGCUCAGCGAUUGAUAAACCAAAACAAGGAACCACAGGAACUGAUGUAGAUAGCAUCCGGACUUCAAUUUUGGACGAGGCUGCAAUUGUGUUUGCUACUCUUAGCUUCAGUGGGUCACCACUUCUGGCUAAAUCAAACCGUGGUUUCGACGUCGUUAUUAUAGAUGAAGCUGCACAAGCUGUUGAGCCGGCAACUCUUAUCCCCUUGGCCACUAGGUGCAAACAAGUAUUUCUGUUGCAAACAGCAUUAGUUUAUGAGCCAAAACAACUCCCAGCUACUGUAAUUUCAACUGUUGCUCAGGAUUCUGGCUACGGUACAAGCAUGUUCGAGAGACUUCAAAAGGCUGGCUAUCCAGUGAACAUGUUGAAAACCCAAUACCGAAUGCAUCCAGAGAUAAGAAGCUUUCCGUCAAAGGAAUUCUAUGAAGAGGCUCUGGAAGAUGGAUCCGAUAUUGAAGCACAGACGACUCGCGACUGGCAUAAAUACCGUUGUUUUGGUCCGUUUUGCUUUUUUGAUAUACACGAAGGGAAAGAGUCGCAACAUCCAGGAGCAACUGGCUCUCGGGUUAAUCUAGACGAGGUGGAGUUUGUUCUCCUCAUCUACCACAGGCUUGUUACAAUGUACCCAGAGCUCAAGUCAAGCUCUCAGCUAGCUAUUAUAUCGCCUUAUAGCUACCAAGUGAAAGCUCUCAAAGAUCGGUUCAAGGAGAUGUUUGGUGCAGAGGCUGACAAAGUGGUUGAUAUCAACACUGUCGAUGGGUUCCAGGGAAGGGAGAAGGAUGUUACAAUAUUUUCAUGUGUUAGAGCUAAUGACAAAGGAGAAAUUGGGUUUCUAUCUAACUCUCAUAGGAUGAACGUGGGGAUUACUCGAGCUAAGUCUUCUGUUUUGGUGGUUGGUUCAGCUGCAACAUUAAAGAGUGAUCCACUCUGGAAAAACCUUGUAGAAAGUGCUGAGAAGAGAAACCGAUUGUUCAAGGUAUCGAAGCCAAUGGAUGAUUUCUUCAGCGAGGACAAUCUGGAGAGGAUGAAAGUUACAGAGAAAGAUAUGGAGAUUCCUGAUGCACUAGGGUUUGAAGAUGAAGCUCCUCCACUUGCAGCAAAUUACGUUGGAAAUGAUGAUAACGACUUUGGAGAUGGUGGUGAUGGAGCCUUGGCUGAAGAAGACUAAACCCUUUAGUGAUUUUGAUCAAUUAGGCUUUUAUUAGUUAAUCUAAUCUAAUAUGUGAUCUGAUCCAUCCAUUACUAGAAAAGUUUUGGCUUAAAUCUAAUUAUUUUAUAUUAGUUUUCUUUUUUUUCUUCACUAGGAAAGAAUCUCAAUUUUUGUAUAUGGACAUAGAGAAUAUUCUUAUUUUAUAAACAUCUCUAAAUUUGAGAUUAUAUU